AUGGCUGAGGCGAGAGUCUCUGUGAAUUUGGACGAGUUCACCUGUCCGAUCUGCUUAGAUCUGCUAAGUGAUCCUGUGUCCAUUCCCUGUGGACACAGUUUCUGUAUGUCCUGCAUAAACACACAGUGGGAUACAGAGGAACACAGAGGAGCUUCCAGCUGCCCCAUGUGUAAACAGCAGUUUAACCCACGACCCACCCUGGGCAGGAACGUCAUGUUGGCUGAAAUGGUGAAGAAGCUAAGGAAGACACAUGUUCCUGAGAGAACCCUGGCUGGACCUGAGGAUGUGGAGUGUGACGUCUGUGUUCGGCGAAAACAAAAAGCGGUGAAGUCCUGUCUGGUGUGUUUAGCUUCAUACUGCGAGAUUCACUUAAAACUUCACAACGAGCUGAACGCGGGCAACACACACAAAGUGACUGAAACCAGGUACGGCCUCAAAGACCGGAUCUGCAGCGAACAUAACAAGCUUCAGGAUGUUUUAUGCUGUACUGAGAACAAAUGUGUGUGCUGUGAAUGUGCUGUAUCUCACUGUAGAGACCAUAACACCAUUACACUUGCAAAUAAACGAGUUCAACAACAGCAAGAGGUUAAAGACAUCCAGACACAGGUUCUCCAGAGAACUCAAGCAGCGGAGAACAGUGUGAAAGAUUUAAAGAAAGCAAUAAAGUCAAUCAAGUCCUCUGCAAAGACAACUCUGGAUCAGAGUGAGAAGAUCUUUAUGGCGAUUAAAGAAAUAAUCAAAGCUACAGAAGAAGCUGAAGUUGAGCGAGCAGAGGAAACUCUACAGUGUAUGGAACAGGAAGUGCUGAAGCUGCAGAAGAGAGAGAACGAACUGGUUCAGCUUGGACAGUUAGAUGAUGACUUCACCUUCCUCAGGGAGUACAUGACCCUCUCUGACCUCUCACUGUUUGGUGAUGCUCCUCACGUUGCUGUCAACCUGUCACCUUUUAAAGAAAUACAAAGCUCUGUGUCUGAGCUGGAAAUAAAAGUGAAGGAGUUCUGUGAGACAGGAUUACACACAAAGCCCACAUCAGAUUACAGUAAAGUACUUGGAGUGAAACAUGGAGUGGAAACUAAUAAGGCGGACAAAAGUGCAGUGGGGUUUCAGCAUCAGGCCAAAACAAAGAAACAUAAGUCACAGAAAGAUAAGACGGCAUGGUUUAGAGUGAGAUGUGGACUGCAGAAGGCCGGAGUCAACAAGGGAGCAAGAACAUAUGUGGAUGUUGAGAAAUCCAGUGCUGAUUACCACAAAGCUAAAUCAGCAGAGGCGGGCAGCAGAGGAAUACGAAGCAUCACAGCACUUUUUGAAAAUCUGGCCAAAGAAAAUGAGGAAGAGGAAAAGAAACGGGCGCAAGAGGAAAGAGCCAGACGAGCCAAGGAGGAACAGGAGAUAGAGGAAACUUGUGUUCAGGCAGAGCAGGAGGAAAUCUACCUGAACCCAUAUCAGGAGAACCAGCACCUGACUGCAGGUGUGUUUCAGCCAUAUGAUUGUGUUGAGGACCUGGGAGUGGUUGCUGUGGCUCUCUAUGAUUAUAAAGCUGAGUCUGACGAUGAGAUCUCCUUUGACCCUGAUGACAUCAUCACCAACAUUGAGAUGAUUAACGAAGGCUGGUGGAGGGGUGUGUGCAGGGGGGCUUACGGACUUUUUCCAGCCAACUAUGUUGAACUUCAGCAGUAAGCCCUGCCCAUCAGCCAGGUCCACCCACCUGGUGGAGAGUUUGUGGGAUAUAACUCAGAACCACUGAUUUCUUUCUGACCAACACAAUUUGUUGUAUGAUUCUCCUGUACUGAGUGCAUGUUUGGUUUGGAGUUGGCCUAAUAACCGCUGUAUGCCAGUGGUGAGGAGUAAUAUACUGUAGGUAAUAUUCUAAACACAUGUACUGUAUGUAUAAAACAGACACUGAGCACACUUUUGUAUCUUUAACAUAAAUAAUAUCCAAUUAAUAACU